GUAUUAGCGUCUGUAUAGUUCGGUACAGUCCUGGAAAGAAAUACUAGACAUUACAUAUAUAUACUACUCUCUCAUCCAAAGUCUCUCUCUCUCUCUCUCUCUCUCUCUCUCUCUCCCUCUCUCUCUCUCUCCCUCUCUCUCUCCAUUCAGAGCUCAGCCUGCAGCUGCAACACUCUGCUGUUACUAUUUCUGUCAAACUGCUUUAAUGCACAUUACACGCUCAGUACAACACAUUUACUCUCUCUCUUACACACACACACACACACACACCAUUAGCAGCAGCAUGUAGCUUCCCUAGCUCUCUCUUUCUCUCUCUCUCUUAAACACACACAGAAGCUGGCUCGGCCUCAGUCGGGCGGCUGGGUGUGCGUCGGACGGAGCUCAGAGACCACGGGACAGAGCUGAGGAUAGCAGCGAUGUGGACGAAGAGGAGGAAGACGACGACGUUGAAUCCGGAGUAAAACUCCUAAUCCAGCUUCUGGUUUCUGGUUUCAACAGACGCUUUGAGAUUCUGGGUUUCGACGAGGAAUCGAAGCUGCUGGCAUUUUUUUUGUUUUUUGUUUUAAAUCCGAGACCAGUUUCUGUCCUUCGAAGACAAAGUCUGGUUUCUGGGCUUUUCAGAUUUGUUUUUAGGUUUUUAUCUUCUCUUCUGAACGCUGCAGAUGAAGCAGAAGAACAGUUUCUGUCUUCUUUCUCUGUUUGGAGGCUGAAGCAGCAGAGCCGAUGGACGCUGUCCACAGCUGGACGUUGGUGUGAACUGGCAGAGUGCGGAGACAGCUGGAUGAGAGUCUGAAGUUACAGUAGAGUCAAUGUGACAGACAUGAAGAACCCAGACCAGUAUGGAGGAAGUCACCUGGAGAGUCUGGCGUGUGCAGCGCUGUCCAGUCUGGUGUUGGUUCUCCUGGGACUGCUGGGCUCGGUCCACGGCUGUCCUGGUGUCUGCACAUGCUACGGUAACACCACGGACUGCUCCGCUGUGGGCCUUCUCUCUCUGAAGUCCAUCCUGGGACUGCUGGACCAGGACUCUCUGAUCCUCCGCCUACCCCACAACAACCUUUCGUCCCUGGGCACGGCCGACCUGUCCAACCUCAGCAGCCUGGACCUCCUGGAUCUCUCCCAGAAUCACUUUUCCACCCUGCAGCCCGGGGCUUUCUCGGGCCUGAGCGGCCUGCGAUGCCUCAAUCUCUCUGCCAACUACCUCGGGGUUCGCCUGGUGACCCCUGACCCCAACAACGGCACAGAAGUCCUCCAGGAUGGAAGUCAAGGGAGCGUUGGCCUGAGCAGGGACGUUUUCAGGGGGCUGUGGCGGCUGCGGGGGCUCGACCUGUCCUCCAACGGCCUCCUGUGGCUGCCAAAAGGCAUGCUGGACGGGCUGCAGAGACUCGCCUGGCUGUCCUUGGCCAGCAACCGGCUGGCGGCCCUGGACAGAGUCACCUUCGAGCCCCUGGUGGGACUACAGCAGCUCCGCCUGGCGGGAAACCCCUGGGAGUGCGACUGCAAGCUGAGAGACUUCAAGCACUGGAUGGAGUGGAUGAUUUACAGGGAUGGGCAGGUAGAUGCGAUGCAGUGCAGUCUCCCGGGGGAUCUGAAGGGCAGGGACAUCCGCAGCGUGCCAGCAGAGAUGUUCAGCUACUGCCUGCCGACUGUGACCAAAGAGGGCGCGCCGGGCUACGCCACGCGGCCUCCGUGCCCGCCCGGCCGCAUCAGCAGCAACGACGAGUGCAUCCGCCAGCGCUACCGGCCCGUCAGCGUCCGCCGAGCGCACGGCACGCAAAUAGUCGCGGGCGUGAUUUGCGGCACGGUGUGCGUCAUGAUGGUGGUCGCGGCGACGUACGGCUGCGUCUAUGCCUCCCUGAUGGCGCGCUACCAGAGGGAGAUGAACAGCCGCGGGCAGCCGCUGAUGGCCGAGUCCGGAGGAGACACGGACCUGGAGGACGGGGAGGUGUCAUCGCCGACGUCUCCGCAGGAGUCGCCGCCCAAAGAGGGCUGCGGCAUCGUGCACGGGUAUCGAAUCAGCAGCUUCUGACACGAGCUUUCGCAUCCAUCCAGGACGCCCUGGCUGCUUCUGCUCCUCAGCUCUCAUCGGUGAUGAGACGACAUCCGCGGGGAGAAGCCCUGCAGCUCUGUGAUUGUGCUGAGAAGCCUC